GUAAAUCCAGCGGGAAAACCACUGAAGAAGAAAAGACGGUUGGAGGCUUACAGACUCGAUGUUGAGCAUGAAAGCACAGGUGGAUGUGGUCUGCUGUAAAUCAGUAGGAACUGAUCUGUCCAUGCUGGAUAUUGAGGAUUUCAUCACAGAAAUCUGUCAGCUGAAGAAAGAGGUGGCUUCACUGGAGGCAAAGCUGAGAGAAAGAGGAGACAAACUGAACAGAGAGGAUUCAGUCUGGAGCGUCAGAGAUCAGAGAUCCAGAGAAACACAGGACUCAGAGCUCAGCCUCACUUUACUCUGUUAUACUGACGCUCAGGAUCAUGAAUCCACUGAUCAAACCUCUGACUGUAACGCUGGAGAACAGCAGAUGCUGCAGACACCGCUGAAGAUGUGCUCCGUCAAACUGGUGGACUGCAGGAACCUGAUCGAGAGCAGAGGAGAAGAAACCACCGCAGAGAAACAACAACAACAACACACUGAUGAGGAAGAGGAGGAGGAGGAGAAUAAUGGGGAGGAUGAUGAUGAUGAUUUCAUUCCUCCAGAUGAUAAAGGCUGUUCAUCUUCUGAUGCAGAAACAGAUUUGACAUCAAAAGAGCAGCUGACGGUCAAGAGUUUCUCCUGCAGCACCUGUGGAAAAACACUGAGUUCAGUGGGUCAUUUAGUAAGACAUGAGAGAAAACACACAGAACGAAAAGACUUCACCUGUAGGAGAUGCAAAAUCAGCUUUCCUACCGCAGAAGAGAGGAGACUUCAUUGGAAAGAGCACAUCGGGAAGAAGGAGUUUCACUGUGAACAGUGCGGCAAGGUUUUUUUCAUUCAUUCUAGACUAAAAGUUCACUUGAACAGUCACGGUGAAAAGUCUUUCCACUGCAGCGAAUGUGACAAGUAUUUCAGCACCAAAGGAAGUCUUGAUUCUCAUAAGCGAAUCCACACGGGAGAAAGACCAUACAAGUGUCCUCACUGCGAGAAGAGCUUCAACCAGGGAUCUCAUCUGAAGAAACAUGUGCGUGUUCACACCAAUGAGAGACCGUAUCAGUGCAGUGAAUGUGGCAAAGCCUUUAAAAGCUCAUGCUCUCUAAAGUCACACCUGACCAUCCACUCCGAUGAGAAACCGUUUCAGUGCAAACACUGUGACAAACAAUUCCGUUUGAUUUAUUGUCUGAAAAAUCAUGAGAGGACUCACACCGGAGAGAAACCAUAUCUGUGCUCCUACUGCGGGAAGAGCUAUUCUGAUCAACGUUCUUUUUUUUCUCAUAAGAGAAUCCACACUGGAGAAAAACCAUAUCACUGCAGCAUCUGUGGGAGGAGUUUCAGAAAAAAUAGUAUUUUACAAAAGCACAAGAGGACUCAUACUGGAGAAAGACCGUUCAAAUGCUUUCAGUGUGAAAAGACGUUUUCUCGAUCAGACAUCCUAAAGGUCCAUCAGCGAGUUCAUACAGGAGAGAAACCUUACUCCUGCUCCAUCUGCGGUGAGAGAUUUGCUUAUUUAGGUAGUUUUCAGACCCACCAGAACAAACACGCUAAAGAACAAACUGCUCCAGAAUCAUCAGAAUGACUUUCAUCAGUCAAUCUGGAAAAGAAAUCUUGUUUGGCUCGUCCUGAAAGUGUUCAUUGAGUUGUUACUGCCAGUAGGGGGCAGUGAACUUUUUUCAUUCUGUAGAUUAGGGUUAUUCAAAUCUUGCCCUGGAGGGCGAAUGCAGUGGAGAGUUUGUCUCCAAUGAAAUCCAAUCCAUCUGCCUGUGAUUUUCUAAUUAUCCCCAAAAUAUUGUUUAGCAUGAUUAGGUGUGUUUGACCACGGUUGGUGCCAAACUCUGCACCGCAUUGGCCCUCCAGGGCAAGAUUUGAAUAGCCCUGCUGUAGAUUGAUCCAAGUGUUGUAUAUAAUGUCAUGUUUGACAGAAUAGAGCUAUGAUUUUAUGUUAAACCAGAUAGAACUAUUAAAAAUCCUCAAAAUGAAAUACUACAAUAAUAUGAUCACCUAGAUUUCAUAAGGCAUGUUUAAUGUGGUGAAAUGCAUGAAGGAGAGUCUGGCAAAUACACUCUGCUUUUUCAUUGCUGGACCGGUUUCUUUCAAUCAAGAAAGAGCCAUUGUUUAACUAUCAAUUUCAUCACUGUUUUUCAAGAGCAUUUAUGCCGCCAUGUAAGGUAAGAUAUUAACUUUGUAGAAACAAAUCCUCUGGGAGGAAAAGUUUGUUGGUUUUAUGGCAGCUACUUGAACUUAACUGUAAUGUCAAAUAGAAUUAAAGAUCAGAUAACAUUAAA